UACGGAAGAGGCUCGCGUUUUCCAUCUUCUCCUCACUGUUGUGCGCGUGCGCCAUCAAGAAUGAGUCGGUCUUGGUUUUAUUUUAUUUUUUUAUUUCUUGCAAUUAAAAGUCCUAGUUUGAUCGUUUUUGUUUUUUUUGCGGUGUAUGUGUAUAUUCACUACAGAACGAGGUAGAUGUGGACACAAAUACUCUUCUACAUGGAAUAGUGGUUGCUGCAUGCCGGUAUAGCGUGGUAGAAUUAGCUGUAUUCCUCCAAUAGGCUUUUUUUUUACGUAAUAUUUAUCCGACCUUUGUUUAUAAAUAUCCAUCGUAUAAUAACACAUGACGUCGUCCAGAUAUCAUAUGUCCUUGGCAACGUUGGUCCUCUUGGCAUCCUCUGGCUGCAGGACUGGGCUGUUCACUGGACCCAUGAUGCGAUUACGUUCUGAGCGUCAGGGACCAUCAUGUAUUAAGAACUGCCUGGAACUGUCACUCAUGGGUCUCCUACUAUCGGUUUGGAUGUCAGAGAUGACAGGCGAUGGCCCCGCCCCCUCUUCAUCAGCCUUAGAAACACUGGCGGUCCCAACCUCCUCUCGCCUGUCAGUCAUGCUGCACUCUUCUCCCAUUGGUUCAGGGGACACGCGAUCACACUGGAGCACCUCUCACUGCUCCCCUCACUUCCUGUUGUCUCCCUGUCGGGAGGAAGUGACCCGCACGCCUGCGGAGCAGAGCAGUGACGGGGUGAGGGCUGCGGAGGGGGUGAGCUCUGGGCUGCACGUCUGGGAGGUGCUGUGGAGUCCUGCUCACAGGGGGAGCCACGCAGUCAUCGGUGUCUCCUGCGCUAACUGCCCUCUGCAGGCGUCGGGGUACAGUGCCCUGCUGGGUGGGGGCCCCCAGUCCUGGGGCUGGGAGCUGGGAACCAACCAGCUCUGGCAUGGGGCUCAGUCUCUUCGGAGGUAUCCAGCGGUCCACUCAACCACUCAGGGUGUGGGAGCGGGAGGGCUAGAGAUUGGUUUGAAGACCCCAGGGUCAGCCGUGGAGAUACCAGAGCGCGUUCUGCUGGUGCUGGAUGCCGACGCAGGGACACUGGGAUACAUGGUGGAGGAGAGCUUCUUCGGCGUGGCGUUCGAGGACCUUCCUCACGGGGUGGAGCUGUUCCCUGCGGUUAGCAGUGUGAGGGGCGGAGCCUCCAUACGACUGCGCUACCUUAACGGUGCCACUAGCGACCCCCCCGCCCUGAUGGCUCUAUGCAGUCUGACCAUCCAACGCUCUCUGGGACCACAGAGGAAGAAUCUCACAAACACACUGCCCAUUCCCUUUGUUCUCCAGCAAUACCUGCUUCCAAACCAAUAGCCUGCACACACACACACACACACACACACAC